GACAGCAGCAACAAGGGCAGCGAACAUCGCAUAAGAAUGAUUAGUACACUUCGUCGGGCUGGAACCAGGGCCGGGCGUGCAGUGGGGGCCAGCCUUGCGGGGCGCCCGGCCGCUGCCGCCGCUCCCUCCGUCACAGCAACUUGGCGGGAUGCCUCACCCAGGUCAACUGCCUCUCCGGUGAUCGGGGGUCCCAUAGCUCCCGCUAGGGCGAUGCACACGGAGCAGGAAGCCUCCAUCUUCUACCCCGCCCCCUCCGCCAACAUCAUGGAGCCGGCACCUGGGUUCAAGGCCAAGGCGGUGGUCGACGGCGACAUCGUCGACGUCAGCACGGACGACUACAAGGGAAAGUGGGUCGUUCUCCUCUUCUACCCGAAGGACUGGACGUUCGUGUGCCCGACGGAGAUCAUCGCCUUUUCUGACAGACACUCGGAAUUCGAGGCCCUGGGUGCACAGGUCCUGGGGAUCUCGACGGACACCGAGGACAGCCACCUCGCGUGGACGCGUCACCCCCGAAAGAGGGGAGGGCUGGGGCACAUGAGGAUCCCCCUUGUCGCCGACCCCACGAAGGAGAUUUCGGCGGACUACGGGGUGCUGAUCCCGUCUCUCGGGAUCGCUCUCAGGGGGCUCUUCAUUAUCAACCCCGAGGGCAUUCUCGAACAGGUGACGAUUAACAACCUGGGCAUCGGCAGGGAUGUGGAUGAGACUCUUCGACUAAUCCAGGCACACCAGUUCCUGGCAAAGCACGGCGAGGUGUGCCCGGCCGGGUGGAAGCCGGGAGACAAGACGAUGAAGCCCGGCUUGGACGCGUCCAUGGAGUACUUCUCCUCCGGCGCGACGGAGAGCGAGGAAGACCCGCUUGAGGCUGGUGACAAGAUGGUGGUGAUCAACUCCCCGAACGACUUCAAGGACGUCACCUCCGAGGCUCUUGCCGUUGUCGACUUCGUGGCACCGCACUGUGGCAAGUGCCGUCAGAUGAUGCCGUUCGUCAAGGAGCUCAGCGAGGAGUUCCCAGAAGUCACGUUCGCCAAGUUCGACACCACCGAGGAGGCGAUAUCAGAGCUCUCCACGGACCUGGGGGUGGAAGCCCUGCCGGCUUUCCGGUUCUACAGGAAAGGGGAAGAGGUCGUGGAGCCUGUGAUGGGCUACAAGAAGAAGAAGCUCCGAGCUGCCGUUGAGGAGUUGCAGAAGAAGGCGUAG